AUGCCCGCAGAUAGAAAUUCCGGCUCUGGCAAUCCCACUGGCAGCAAGCCUAAGAAAAACAAAGCAAAGCAAGAAAAGAACGAACUGGACAACGCGGUUAUGGAUGGUAUAAUAUUCAAACCGACCAAGCAACCUGGAUUGAGAAGUAGAGAGAAAUCCAUGGAUCCGAAAUCGCCAGGUAACAGGAUAGUUCAAGAAAGGAUGGCUCAGUGUGCUAAGGCCAAGGAGGAAAAGAAGAAGAAGGAAACAUAA